UCUUGAAUGAAAACAAUCUUGACGCUUUGCCAAAAUUGUCUAGUUGCUACACUGAACCAAAUCUCCGCAAUGGACAUGACGUCCCAGGACAUGAACAUCCAUGGCUCGGCCUUUUGAUGCUAGGUGUCGGUCUCCAAUCACAGCAGAGGAAGUGGAAAGUCUGCUAGAUCUGGAACGCUCUCCAGGCGGCUGCGGCUGGGUCACCAUUCGUGAUGCUGAGCAUUUGCAAGUGGAGAUCAGCACAGGCCAUGAUGCCUUGGUACUGCGGAGCUUUUUGGUGUUACCAAGCACUCCACCAGAGACAGCGACCAAGCUGCUUUUCGACCCUGGUCAGAGGCUGCGGUGGGACCAUGCUCUCGAACAGUUUGAAGAGGUAUCGCCUGCAAGUUCCUCAGAGCAGAUUGUGCAUCUGCGAACCUGCCCCAGGUUUGGCAUCAUUCCACCCUGCGAUGUCCUCCACCGACGCCGGAUGCUUCGCCCCUGCGGCGACGCACAUGCUGCGUGGGUCUGCAGAGACGCUGAUGAGCUCCCUCUGUCCCUGGUGAAGGUGUCGCUUGACAUGUGCUUUCGUUUGGAGAGUGCUGUGCUGGGACACGUGGUGCGAUGUGACAAGGAUGGCUGUAGAGUCUUCACAUACGUGCAGAUGGAGGCGACUCCUCUGGUAAGCUUCUUUGGUCAACGUCUGGCUCCUGACAUUAUUGGAGGCCUGUGCAACACGUUUUCCAGCGCAUGCAAGGAGCACGGGGUCGCCCACAAAGAGGGUGAGUUCUCGGAGAAAGGCCACUUCCCCACGGAGUUCUAUGAUUUGACUCGCGACGAUGAGACAGGGUCUGCCUCUCCUGCCGCUUCAGCUGAAGCCGACGCUUUGGAUCAGGACAAGGAGAUGAAACGUCUCUCCUUGGGUUUGGACUUCCUGGGGGCGGUGGAUCACAAGAAGCUGGUGCCUGCUGUGUCCGCCUUCCGGCGGAUGUUGAAGAGGUCGUCCCGAACUGCUGCUCGGCGAAAGGAGAACUUGGCCGAGUCCUCCAAGGUGCGCCAUGAGCACGCAAGACCAGUACCAGGGGAAGAAGAGGAAUCCACCAGGCGACGGCGGAGCAGUGCCCGUGAAAAAAGCCGAGAGAGGCAAAGAGGCUCCAUGGAAGUGGUCGCCGAGCGCCUGGGCGAGGUCGUCCGAUCCCGCAGGACUGGUCGAGACUCUGCCUUGGCAGUGGUUCCUGAGGAAGAUGACGUCAAAACACCUGACGUCAAGUGUGAGGUGCACGAGAAAUCGGACACCAAGGAGGUGCGGAAACGCUUCUCCUUGCCACUGCCGGCGAGAAGGAAAUCUGGCAGCGUGAACGGCACGGAUUCGGAGGACAGCAUGUCCUCCGCCGGUGUCAGCGAUACCAGCCACAGCAGCCGAACGCGGAGGAGCAGUGGCUCGGGCACAGCAGCCUUAGAUGCCAUUUUCGAGCGAGCACGUGCCAGUGCCGUGCCCGAAGGCUCGUUGUCCACCACGGCCUCCUCCAGGGGCUCCAGUCCACGCCUGACCUCAGGUGCAAUCGAGUCGCCCAAACCGAGCUUGGCGGGAGCAGCUUGGGUACUGAUGCAGUUGUGUAAGCAAGAGCCCUCCAUCGAGGAAGCAGCAGAGACCCAGGUGGUGGCGACCCGGCACACUUCGAGAAGUUCGUUGAUCUCCACAGAGGCCUUCAAGUUCUGCUUCCCGCAGGACAUUUGUGGUGUUCCACUGGAACCAAAGUCUACCAUCAAGGAGCCUGAUCGAUGGAAGCGUGGACGUCGGAAGAGAGCUGCUUGAGGUCCGGCCAGUCUUCUGGAGCCCUGAUGGGCGUGCGAAAUUGAGGGCAGGUUAGUCAGCAGUUAAUGGGCGAUGCCGAAGUCGUGGUUGGUUUGAGCCAUGUCCAGCUGGUUAUACCCC